AUGAAGAGGGACGCAGCUGCGGUCACCGACAGUUCACGCACUGAACCAACGUCGGAUGUGCGGUCUCCUCCUGCAGAAAAGAAGCCCAAGGGAAGUCUGCUACAUAUGCUGAUGCAUGAAAACCACUUCAUCGAGAGCAUUUUGUCUAACAGCCGGAAAACAUUUAGCAAAAUGAAUCCAACUCCAGGGGCGAGCACUGCCAACAGACAAAAGGGCGCAGUGGUUACUUGUCAACCUUCUAAUUUGAAAGGCACCGCGAAGCCAUACCAGCUAGAGGGUCUUCGUUGGCUGGUAGGUCUAUAUGACCGGAAUAUGAAUGGUAUUCUGGCUGAUGAAAUGGGUUUGGGCAAAACGUUUCAAACCAUCAGCCUAAUGGCGUAUUUGAAAGAAAGCCGCGGCAUAAAUGGACUGCACCUCGUUUUAGCGCCAAAGUCCACAAUUGGUAACUGGAUUAAUGAGAUUAAUCGCUUUUGCCCCGAGAUCAGAGCGCUGAAAUUUAUUGGUAAUAAAGAAGAGCGUAACCAUAUGGUGAUGAAUGAACUUGAUCCGACAAAGUAUGACGUCAUCGUCACAUCAUACGAGACUUGUUGCAAGACUAAGAACGCACUGUCUAAACUUCGCUUUCACUACAUCUUUAUCGAUGAGGCACAUCGCAUUAAAAACGAGGAGUCGAAGCUGAGUGAAGUCGUUCGUCUCUUCCAAACGGAAUACCGUUUGCUGAUCACUGGUACGCCACUGCAGAACAACCUUAAGGAGUUAUGGGCACUGCUUAACUUUCUAUUCCCCGAGGUAUUUUCGUCGGCAGAGGAGUUUGAGAUGGAGUUUGACCUUGUCGGCCCAAAGGAACUAUCACAGGAGGAACGUGAAGCACGUAACCUUAAUAUAAUUGCGCGUCUUCACGAAAUAUUACGGCCAUUCAUGUUGCGUCGAUCUAAGAAGGACGUGCUGACUGACAUGCCGCCGAAAAACGAGCUGCUUCUUAUGAUUCCCCUGAGCGCCAUGCAAAAGAGGUUAUACAAGGAAUUGCUGCGCAGGAACGUUCCAGAGCUAGGAGCUGAGGAUAACCAUGGAUCGGUCGUGAAGGUUCAACUAUUGAACUUGGCUAUGCAGCUGCGUAAGGCGUGCAAUCACCCAUACCUAUUCGAGGGAUGGGAGGAUCGUGAAGCGGACCCAUUCGGUGAGCACCUCGUGGAGAACGCAGGCAAGCUGAAUGUGGUUGACAAAUUAUUGAAUCGGCUUCUAAAGGCUAAUUCACGCGUGCUGAUAUUCUCAUUAAUGGCUCGUAUGCUGGACAUUUUAGAAGAUUAUUGUCGUAUGCGAGGCUACCAGUACUUUCGUAUCGACGGUAACACUUCCGGUGAAGAUCGUGACAAUCAAAUUUCGUCGUUCAAUGAUCCUAAUAGCGAGGUCAGCAUUUUCUUGCUUUCAACUCGCGCUGGAGGUCUCGGAAUUAACCUUGCCACGGCAGACGUUGUAAUUUUGUACGACAGUGAUUGGAAUCCUCAGGUGGAUCUACAGGCGAUAGACCGAGCGCACCGCAUCGGCCAGAUGAAGCCUGUACACGUGUAUCGUUUGGUUCAUGAGUAUACGAUUGAGGAGAAGGUCAUUGAGAGGGCGACAAUAAAGUUGCAAUUGGAUUCUGCAGUCAUCCAGAGCGGAAGGUUGGGUCAGAAGGAACUGCUGGAGAUGGUCCAAUUCGGCGCUGGACACAUUUUUAAGGCAGGAGACGAAGACAUAACGGAAGCCGACCUGGACGCAAUCUUAAGCAAGGGGCAAGAGCGCGCCAAUUUGUUGAACGACAAGUUGAAGGCGCACACUAGAAAGGCAUUACUUGACUUCUCCACAACUACUACCACACAGCAACUCUACGAGUACGAUGCUCCCGAGAGCGAGAUGCAGAAACUAGAUCAACAGGCUUGGGAUGAGCUGACUGCCCUGCGUUUCCAGGAUGAGAAUGCGAGCGAAGGUGAGGUUCGCCGCCGUAUGCGCAUGACAGCGGCGCGAAUGACUGAGUCUGAUAACCGAGCUUCCGCUAGGUAUACGAAGAAUAUGCAGCUUCAGGACUGGCAAUUCUUCAACAAGGAGGAGCUGACGAAACUCGAGCAGCUUGAACUAGAGAAGGGUGACUUGGAUGACGAACAGCGCGCAAAUCGCGACCGGUUGCUCGAACAGGGUUUUGGCGAUUGGACCAAAAAACACUUCAGUGCAUUCGUAAAAGCUAACGCGAAAUACAGCCGUUACGACACAGAUUCCAUUGCCUCGUGCAUUAAGGGCAAAAGUCGUGACGAAGUUGCAAGAUACAGCAAGGUGUUCUGGGAGCGUUAUACAGAUAUCGCUGACUGGGAGAAAUACAUAAAGCGUAUAGAGCAGGGGGAAGAGGUGCUUUUGAAGCGUAAUCAAUUGCAUCAGAUGGUGCUCACCAAGCAACGUUUAUUGUCCAAUCCCUGGGUUGGUACUGACGUGCUUUUUGCUGCGCACCGCGGUUACGACAUGUGGGACGACCUGUCUGAGCUUUCCAGAUUGGAUCCUCGCUGGCAGUUUGACACUUUCUUCCGCACACGUCUACCGAACGAGUUUGCCAAGCGUGCAGACUAUAUCAUAAAGCACAUCGCCAAAGAGGGUGAUGAUGGCGAUUGGGUUUUGGUUACCGGAAAAUCUUCUCAGCGUCGCGCGAAUGUGCGCAUCCCCCGCAGAAUAAAUUUAGAGGAGUCCGUCUGGCGCGCUGCCCGUGAUCGCGUUAUUAGGGAGGUACAUGAGGCUUGGAAAGAUGCGCAACCGUUUUUGAAAAAUGUGCUGCAAAUUUUGCAUUCCCAUUUGGGCUCACAGGCGACCACACGCAUCGUGGCUCUGGGACUGGGCUCACCAACGGCGCUAACGUUGCCCCUGAUUCGUUCCUGUUGUUGUCAGCUUGCAGUUUGCCUCAUUGUGCGCCAAGCUUUAAACACCGAUCGAAUGGACGUCUUCGAUCCGAUAAUGGACGUGAAUGACAUGGAAGCUUGCCGGUCGUUGCUGCAUGAAUUCAAGCCUGAUCUCCCCGGCCUGCAUUCUCUAUGUAACUCCCGCCAUCAAAUCUACCAGGAGGACUCUGGUGUGGCAGCCAGCACGCCACAGGUACUGCUCUGGAUGCCUCACUGCGAAGCGGCGCUCUACAAGGCUGUGUUGCUAGCCAUAGAAGCGGGGGCAGACCCCCUUGCGGCAGCCAAGGAACUGUGCGGAGCCGAUGUCGCGGAACCGCACAUGCGCUACGACCUUUCUAACGUUGUACUCGUAGGUAACUCACUAAAAGACUACGGAGGCGACAUGGCAAUGCCUCAACACAUCGUAGAUCGCGCUGUAGAAUCGGCUCUACCAGUGUUCGACCCGUUUCCGCAGGCUUUCAGCGGGACUUAUGUUACAAAAUUCAAAUAG